CUCUGGAAUCGCCUCGCCCGAGAGGCAGGCGCCACGUGUCUCGGAGUCAUUACUAAAGUAAUUAAAUCAGGCAAGCGUUGAUGUGGGAGCGGGCGCAGCAUCAUUGACGUACUUCUCGACGCAGAGGAUUCCCCAGGGUCUGCGUGGAGACUAAGAGAGUCGGGACAGGAGGAGAAGCGGCUGCUGUUGUUCGUUGGCACAAGACAUGAGGACACGUGGGCUGGCGGUGGGGAGGUCGUGGCUGCUGCUCCUGCUGCCCUUGUUGAUGUGUGUGGUGGCGCGGGGCGGCUGGGUGGCCGAGCGGGUGAAGGAACUGCGGCAAGGCGUGCAGCUGCUGGAUGGUUACCUGGACUCGGCAAUGGAGUACCUGGGAGGGGAAGAUGGAGUGUGUGAAUACACGUGCCCCAAUGGAGCCAAACCCGAGCCACGACGCGACUACACCCCGGCCGCGCCAAAUGGAUGCGGCUCCCCGGUGUUCGGCAUUCAGUUUGACGUGGGCGUCCCGGCUAUGACGCGCUGCUGCAACGACCACGACCGCUGCUACGACGUGUGCGGCGCCGAGAAGCGCGCCUGCGACACCGCCUUCCGCCGCUGCCUCUCCCGCAUCUGCUCGCUCAUCGGCGUCAGCUUCACCAUCUCCCCCGAGACCCAGGGUCGUUGUGAGGAGGCCGUGGAUCUGCUGCACCAGGGGGUGAUGGCGUUUGGCUGCCGCCCCUACAUGGAGAGCCAGCGUGCGGCCUGCACCUGCCCUCCCAGGCCACACAGCACCACCAGGGACCUGUGAGCGACGACGGCCUGCGAUAGCGGCGAAAGCUACGGAACCAACCAAGACCCCUCGCGACGCCUCGCGGCAUCGUCGCCCUGCGCUAAGCCCGGGCAAACCAGCAACACAGAGUGGCAACCCUGCGGCACUCCAUAGCUCCGGAGGCACUCUGCACCACCCACACCCCACACACCACUGGCACCAUGCACCGCCCCCCACCCCCCUGCAUCUCCCACGGUGAGCCAGCCACAGCCUUGGGUCAUGUGUGAUUUGGCAAAUAAUGUAGAUGCCCAGCCGUGUUAACUCGCGCGCGUGUCCGUGUGUGUGUACGCGUGUGUGUGUGUGUGUGUACGUACGUGCUCACUGGGCGCAGCGGUUGUGGAGCGGUUAGCACACCGUGCUACGAACCCGGCGACCCGAGUUCGAUUCUCGCUCAUGGCCAACGCCAGUGACGAUUAUCUGAACCGGUCCUAGGCCUGGUGAUGGCCUCGCCAGUGACUCGUACAGCGGUCUGGCCUUAGGCACUCGCUAGCAGCACCUGCCCCACCAUCCUGCACAGGCUAUACGCGCAGGGGUGGGGAACCUUUUUUCUGCCAAGGGCCAUUUGGAUAUUUAUAACAUCAUUCGUGGGCCAUUCAAAAUUUAAUUUACGUUGCUAUGAAAAAAGCUCCUAGAUUUAUUGAAUUUCGAGUCGUGCGGUUGCCUUGGCAGUGCCAGACCGAAUGAUUUCGCGGGCCUUAUACGGCCCGCAGGCCGAACAUCCCCACCACUGCAGCAUACGUGGAAUAUUUGUCUUAACUACGUGUCUGCGUGUGUUUACAUAAUUUGCAAAUAUAUUUCGAAAUUAACGAAAUAUGUUUAAUGUCGUGAGAGCCAAUGUCUCUCACGACGUUGGCUGCACCACCGCUCGGAAUCACGUGGGUCGUGGUUCGCCACGGCGAGCCGCUUGUAGUAAGUUAACAGUGAUUUUGUUCGUGCAAUACUUUGACUGCCUCGUAGUUCGUCAUGUAACACUGCCUCGAAAGGAACACGGGUGACGUUUCAGGCAAUGUCCCUUUGAAAGCGUGUAAUAAUAAUAAUAAAACGGUUGUUUUCUGCAAAGAUUUAUAUUCGCUGUGCAGACAGUCCCCGGGUUACGGAAGGGUUAGGUUCCCGAGAACAAUCUGUAACCCACAUUUUGUGUAUGUCAGAAACUGAACAAUCCCUCCCCCCCCCCCCCCCAGAUCAAUUCCAUUGACCUUAAUCCUAGUGAAGCGCGAGAAGGCAUUGUGCCUCCUCGGCCCACGGUAUUCGUCAUCAACCUCGCCGCGCAACUAACGCAGUCGAUUCCGCGUGGUCGAUUCGUUUCCUUGACACAAUUCACAGGGAGCGUUUCCGUAAGGUCGCAUUUUUACGCAACCCGGGGACUGCGUUGCCUUUGUCUUUUUUGUGCCCUUGUCAAUUUUUGGUGAGCCCAGGUCCCUCUCGCCAAUGAGAUCGCCUCGAGUUCACGCCUGGUUCGAAUAAAAUCGAGACUUGGAAUUGG